GGGCGGAGCCUCCGCGUUCAGUUACUACAGCCCGGCUCACCAGACCGGGUCCACAGAAACACACACAGAGUGACAGACAGUGAACAGACCCGACAGCUGCUGCGUUUACCUACAGGAUCUCUAGCGAAAAUCACGAACUCUCAGAAAAAAAGAUCUUUAUUUAAAGAAGAUUUUCAGCGACAUGGCGAGAGGAGAGGGAGGAGAGCAGUCUUCCAACGCCAGCCUUUUGAACAAAAGCAAGUCGGAUGAAGUCAAAGCAGUGGAGAAGCGUGAGAGGGGCGGUCGCCUGUCUGUGUGCAGUAAGCUGUGUUAUGCCAUCGGCGGAGCACCCUAUCAGAUCACAGGUUGCGCCCUCGGCUUCUUCCUCCAGAUCUAUCUUCUAGAUGUUGCUCAGGUGGAUCCAUUCUAUGCCUCCAUCAUUCUGUUUGUGGGUCGAGCAUGGGACGCCAUCACGGACCCCACUGUGGGCUUCUUGGUCAGCAGGAGCCCCUGGACCAGAUUUGGAAAAAUGAUGCCAUGGAUUGCUCUGUCCACUCCACUAGCAGUAGUGUGUUAUUUCCUCAUCUGGUAUGUGCCUCCUGUAGAAACGGGCAAAAUCAUCUGGUACCUCGUCUUCUACUGUCUCUUCCAGUCUCUGCAAACAUGCUUCCACGUGCCGUACUCCGCCCUCACCAUGUUCAUCAGUUCCGAACAAAAAGAGCGGGAUUCAGCCACUGCUUACCGCAUGACUGUAGAGGUUUUGGGAACAGUUAUUGGCACUGGAAUCCAAGGUCAGAUCGUGGGGAUGGCCAGUGCUCCUUGCAUACCAGUUGGAGGUGACUUCAACUCUACUGGGCAGGAGUUCGGACCUGAAGUCAAUAUCAGCCAGCCACACAUUUCUCUGGAGCAUACAAGACAAGCAUAUAUGAUUGCAUCAGGUGUUAUCUGUGCCAUGUACGUCCUCUGUGCCAUCAUCCUCUUCUUUGGUGUGAAGGAACGCAAAGACACCUGCAGGGUCCGAACUGAGCCUAUGUCCUUCUUCCAAGGCAUUCGCAUGGUUAUGGGCCAUGGUCCCUAUGCAAAACUGGUCAUGGGGUUCCUCUUUACUUCUCUGGCUUUCAUGCUCCUUGAAGGCAACUUUGCACUGUUCUGUUGCUACACCCUGGGCUUCAGAGAUGACUUUCAGAACAUCUUACUGGUCAUUAUGCUCUCUGCCACCCUCACCAUUCCAUUCUGGCAGUGGUUCCUCACUCGAUUUGGCAAGAAAACUGCAGUAUAUGUUGGGACUACAUCUGCAAUUCCUUUCCUGAUCGUUUGUGUUCUGGUGAAGAGUAAUCUCAUUGUGACGUACGUCAUCUCCUUCGCUGCUGGAGUCAGCAUUGCAGCAGCCUUCCUCCUGCCCUGGUCCAUGCUUCCUGAUGUGGUCGAUGAUUUCAAAGUGCAGAAUCCUGACUCUCAAGGACAUGAAGCCAUCUUCUACUCCUUCUACGUUUUCUUCACCAAGUUUGCCUCUGGAGUCUCCCUGGGAAUCUCAACCCUCAGCCUUGAUUUUGCCGGUUACAUCACGAGGGGCUGCACACAACCUGUCGAGGUGGAUAUUACGCUGAAGGUUCUCGUCUCAGCUGCUCCCAUUAUUCUCAUCAUUGUAGGGCUCAUCAUAUUCAUCACUUACCCCAUCAACGAGGAGAGACGUCAGGGCAACCGCAAACUGCUUAAUGAGCAACGGGAAAAUGAGCUUGACUCAGAAGCAGACUCAACAGAGACAGAUGCAAGUGUGGUAUAAAACCACAGGACUCUAAAGAGGGCAUUCUGACAAGGACAAGCAAAGACACGCCACAUCUACUACCAUCCUCACGAUGUGACGUAUUCCCACCUGUCCUAUUCAUCUUCCUCCAGCCACAAAUGGAGCAUCUCAAAGAUCCAGUUCGCUGUGCCUUUCAGUGUUACAAUGCUGUGGGACCACUACCACAGUUCAGAAGAGACCACGGGUGUUUUUCUCCCUUUGAUGUGGAAACCUUGAAAUGUGAUACGAGCCUACGGCUUAUGGUUUUGUUCAUGUUUCGUGUUGCCUACUGUUUGGUGCUACUCACUGGAGCGGGACUGUGAGAGAUCCUGCUCCAGAUUUUAGUAAAACUUGAAAAGCACAAGACGCUCACACUGCACUAACAGAUUCUUCACCUGUCUGUGAACGAGGAGGAGCCUGAGUGCUCGAAUUCCUGAAUAACUCUUCAUGUGAUGCUACUUUCUGUAACAUUUCAUCCAUUACAUUAAGAGUACGAGUUUAUUGAAACGUAUGGAUAAGCUGAAUUCUAUUUAUACAUCCAGUGGAAUAUUUUUUUGUACUUCAUAUUUUGUACUGUUGUUAUUUACCAGCAAUGUACAUUUAUGAAUUUUAAAACACUACAAACAACGACAUAUAGAGUUUACAGAGAAAGGCUCUCAGCCUUUGUUUUAUUCUGUGGCCUUGGGAAAGGAAAGUUUUUCUUGUAGCCAUAUGACAUGCACUGCCUCUCCAAAUCGAUGUCAUCUCUGAACUUGUUGCUAUUUAAAUGGAUUUUUUAAAAGGUUGCAUAUCAAAGAAAAUACUUCUCAAGCACCAAACCUACUGCAGGCAAAAUGCAUAUAUAAACUGAUAUCAAACAAAAAGGAAAGUAAAGUACUCCUGCAGAUUGAGAUUUGUUUUUUUACAGUUUAAUUUACCAAGAAAUGAGAUACUGACAAUGACAGUGUUGAAUCUGUGCAGUAAAUUGCCUCCUAUAGGAGGUUAAUAGUUAUUUAACUAUUUAAUGCUUCUCUUUUAAUAUCGUGUUAGUGUGAUCUUGAUGCCUUCUAACAAGUGCCAUAUCUUUGGCUUAUUUAAGGGAAAGAACAAGAAAAUACAAAUCUCUCUCUCUCUCUCUCUCUCUCUCUCUCUAUAUAUAUAUAUAUAUAUAUAUAUAUAUAUAUAUAUAUAUAUAUAUAUAUAUAUAUAUAUAUAUAUAUGUGUGUAUAGUGACUGAAAAUGCGUGAAAGGCAGUUUUAACAUUCAAGAAUAUUCUGGUGUCAAAUAACUUCCAUUUGUCAGUUCCAUGUAUUUUUCUUUUUGUACAUACAGAUUGGUCUGCUCCUUAGAAGUGCUUAUAUGGUAUAAGGGAAGCACUAGUGUUGAUUUAGUAUUGCCGCAAUUAACCUCUUCACCCACCUGUACAUUUUGUGACUUUUGGUUAAAUCCUAUUUUGUAAAUAUCGACUAAUUAUAAUUAAUUAGCAGCCAAUCUUACGACCAUUUUUUUCCCCUGUAUUUUUAUUUUUCCAUUUCAUGUCCUAUAGUGACCUGGGAUGACUUGUCAGUGUGCAUUUGUAUAUUCUAUUGCCGU